AUGGUGGAGGCGUGGCGUGUGGCGAUCGGGUGGUACGUCUACACGCACGAGUCACGUGUGCUUAUCCUCGCUGCUGGCCCCAGAUUCUGCUCCCUCACUGCCAUUCAGUUCUCAGCAGCAGGGUUGGUGAAGCUGCCUAAGUUCACAGCGCAGCUGGGCACAUCUGCUGCGCCCACCACCACAUCCACGCACUCGCUCACUGCCAAGCCGGCCCCACCAGUGGUUCUCGCCCCACAGGACGUGCGCAUUGCCAACAUGUACGGGCGCAUAUACUGUGUGCAGGUGGACCGGGUCUCCUCCCUGCUACACAUCUUUCGGUUCUUUCGAGAUGCCAUAGUGCUGCAGGUGUCCAUUCCACUGCCAUCAACGCGAGUGGCAGUGAGUGUGGCGGAUAACCUGCUCCUCGUGCAUCUACCAGCCAUCCACCGCCUCCUCCUCUUCGACCCUCUCCUCAACCACUGGAAACCCAUCUGCCCCGCACUCGCCCCCGCCUUCGCACCACUCUCCUCCUCGCUCCCUCCCUCACUCACUCCCUCGUUCCCUCGCACUCUCUCGCGCUCCUCCACGGGCGUGCUCUGGCGCCUGCACCUCAACCUCCAGUCUCUGGCAGUGUGUGCAGCAGAUCGGUCGUCCCUCUUCCCACUGCUCCAGCGCCGGCGCUGCAACAGGCAGCAGGUGCAUGCCAUCUGCCUCUCACUCUUCUCCGAUCUCCUCGCCCAACGCUCGCCCCUCCCCACUCUCUCCUCCGCCUUCUCCUCCCUGCUCUCCGCAUACGCCACUGCUCUUGCCGCUGCUGCUCGCAAGCCCAAGCCUGUGCAAGACACACCCGGUGCGUCUUCUGCAGUUGCUGCUGGUACUGAUGCCAGCAGCAGGAGAAGCAGCAGCAGCAGCGGCACAGUUGCAGCGAAGCAAGAGGCAGGGGAGGGGGAGAGCGCAGAGCAGCAGCAGCAGCAGCAGGUGGGGGCGAAUGACAGGACAGCGUCAGGAGGAUUCUUCCACGUGGCUGCCGAAUCAGGCGCUGUAUCAGAGACUGCUGUAUCAGGCGGUGAUGGGGGCCUGGGGGAGGCGCUGGAGGGAAGAGGCGGAGCAGGAGCAGGAGGGGGAACGGGAGGGGAAGUGGGGGGAAGAGAACCAGCAACUUUGUCUCGUACGAGUUCUGUGGCUUCUGUGGGGGAGGGGUUGGGGGGGUCCGCUGCGAGGGGUGGUGGUGUGGGUGGUGGGGGAGGGGGAGAAGCAGAGGCGGCGGAUCCUGCAGUGGAGGAGGAUGAGGGGGUGGUGUCGCCAGAGCACCUGCUGCACCAGAUCGAGUUGCAUUUGGAAGCAUGCACGCAGCAGACAAGCAGACACAGAAGCACCCCUGGUGGUGCCGUCACAAGUCCCGGAGAGAGUAGCCGAGGGGACACGAGAAGGGAAGGAGAGGCAGGCGGUGACGGUGGAGGAGGAGAGAAAGGGGAGGAGGAAGGGGGGGUGGAUGGUGGUUGCGGCGAGAAGGAGAUGGAUGGUGGUGCUGCUGCGUGUGGGGCUGUAUGGCAUGACAGCAGCUAUACUGUGGGGGUUCUGGUGGAGCUGAUCCGAUGCAUGGACGAUCUACGGCUGCCGCUGCCAGCCUUUCUGCGCGCACAGUCAUCCCUCGUGCGCCUGCUCGCCGCGCACCACCUCUGGGCCGCACUGCUGCACCUCCUCAGUGCCAAGCUGCUUCGCUUCUCGCCUGCCUUCGCAUGGGACCUUCUGCACCUCUCCUCCUCCCCCUCUCCCCUCUCCACCUCCUCCUCCCCCUCCCCACCUACCCUCCCCCCGGCAUCACUGAAAGCGCGGGCGCGGGUACGAAGGGAGGCAGUGCGGCUGCUGCAGGCGUGGCUGGUGGCAAGAGACGCACAGGAGCAGGGCCGAGUGGCGGCACAGAGAAGGGAGGAUAUGGCGGCACUGCUGCGAGGCAUGGUGUUGUGCUGCGGACCGCUUGCUGCUGCGAGGUUCCUGGCUUCGACACCGCCACAGGUGUUUUGGCAGCACGCCCCCUUGCUGCUCGCAUGCCUGUCGCACCCCCGGCACCUGCACCUGGCACCUGCUGUGCUGCGAUGCUUCCAGGAAGCUGUACCAUCCUUCCAAGAAGCUCUGGCCAGCAGGGCAGGGAUGGAGGACUGA